AUGUGGAGUUUAAGGGUCGUAGUACAGAUUGUAAUUGGAGGAAGAGGUGAGGGAGGAGGAGGAGGAGGAGGAGGAGGAGGAGGAGGAGGAGGAGGAGGAGAGAAGUAUGGAUGGAAAUGGAAAGAGAGGAAGAGGAGGAGAGAGGAAGAGAGAGAGAGAGAGAGAGAGAGAGCGAGGAGCGAGGAGAGAGGAGAGAGAAAGCGCGAUGAAUAG